AUGUCGAACAAUAACUCGAACAUUUUGCAUCUCUUCGAUCGACCUACCGAGCCAAUUUACGUGCCCAGAGGAGACGAGAAAAUUGGUUUCGAUAUACCGGUUGAUUAUUUGCCUGAAAAUUAUCGUUAUGUGGCGACAUCGAUAUUCAACCGUUUUGGCGAAGAAGCUACUAAAAAAAUCCAAGUGAAACAAAUUACUCUUCCGGAUCUUAGUGUCCCCAUGCAGCUGGGACGAUAUGCUCCAUUUUCGAUCUUCGUUCCUUUUCAUCGGAAAUUAGCUGGUCACCUUAUUGACAUUUUCAUGGGGAUGAGGACAUUCGAUGACUUCUUGUCUGUUGCUGUUUAUUGUCAUGAUCGUUUGAACGCGAAUUUGUUCAUUUAUGCCCUCUCAGUAGCAAUAUUGCAUCGUCCUGAUACAAAAGAUUUGCCACUACCACCAUUGUGCGAAGUAUUUCCAGACAAAUAUGUCGACGGAGUAAUUUUUUCUAGGAUCAGAGAGGUGGCUAAUGUGGUGCCUACGGGUUCGCGGAUACCGAUCGAUAUUCCACGUGAUUAUACUGCAUCAGAUCUGGAUCCAGAACAUCGUGUCGCAUACUGGAGGGAAGAUGUUGGGAUCAAUCUCCAUCAUUGGCAUUGGCACUUGGUCUAUCCAUCCAACGUUGAAAAUAAUUUGGGAAUUGUUAACAAAGAUCGCCGUGGAGAACUUUUCUACUACAUGCACCAGCAAAUUAUGGCUAGAUACAACUGUGAACGUUUAUGCAAUAAACUUGGACGUGUUAAACGAUUUAUCGAUUGGCAUGAACCGAUCCCUGAGGCUUACUUCCCAAAGUUAGAUUCCAUAGUUGCUGGCCGCAAAUGGCCAGCUCGUUCGGGCGGUUCUGUUCUUAAAGACAUUGAUCGAGCAGCGGAAAAACUACGUUUUGAUAUUCAGGAUCUAGAACGAUGGCGUGACCGUAUCUACGCGUCGAUCCACGCAGCGUCCAUAGUCACUCCAAAUGGUAAAACAAAGCCGUUAACUGAAAAAGAUGGAAUCGAUAUAUUGGGAAAUAUAGUAGAGGCUAGCUCCCUGUCACCUAAUUCAAAUGUGUACGGUGACCUUCACAAUUUAGGACAUACUGCUAUUUCUUAUUGCCACGAUCCGGAUGCUCGUUAUUUGGAAUGGGCUGGCGUCAUGGGUGAUUCAGCAACCGCUAUGAGGGAUCCAAUAUUCUACAGAUGGCACGCUUUCGUUGACGGUAUUUUUCAAGAAUAUAAAACUACAUUGCCGCAAUACACCAACGAACAGUUGGACUUUCCAGGUAUCGAAAUAGCGGAUAUUAGGCUAACGUCUAAUUCGCAACGCAAUGUCUUGAAUACAUUCUGGAAUCAGAGUGUCGUAGACUUGUCUCGCGGACUUGACUUCAUGCCACGUGGUUCGGUGCCUAUUAGAUUCACUCAUCUGAAUCAUGGUGACUUUACGUACACGAUAAUUGUUAAUAAUCGAAACAAUGCGCUACGAAGAGGCACUGUCCGUAUUUUCAUUGCUCCUAAGGAAGAUGAACGUGGACUACCUUUUCUGUAUAAUCAACAAAGGCACUUGAUGAUUGAAAUGGACAAGUUUACUGUAUCACUUAAUCCAGGGCGGAAUACAAUCGAGCGUAAAUCAAUGGACUCAUCGGUGGCUUUGCCUUAUGAAAGUACAUUCCGCAAUUUGGAUAUGAACAGACCAUCUGGGGUUAAUGCUCUAGAACAAUUCAAUUUUUGCGGAUGUGGUUGGCCACAACACAUGUUAGUACCUAGGGGAAGCAAAGAAGGCUUCCCAAUGGUGCUUUUCGUUAUGAUAUCAAACUACAAUAACGACGUUGUUGAACAAGACGAACCAUCGUCUACUUGUAGAGAUGCCGUGAGUUACUGUGGAUUGAAAGAUAGAAAGUAUCCUGAUGCACGUCCCAUGGGAUUCCCAUUCGACCGUCGACCCCGAGAUAGCGUUGAAACUCUGGCCGAAUUUCUCACUGGAAACAUGGCAAUUACGGAAUUGAGCAUCAAAUUUACGGAUACCAUUCUGCCUAGAUCAAAACGUGGAAGCAUCGGAAAUAUAGUCGCAUCCACCUGA